AUGAAAGCUAUUACUACAACGGAGACUAUUAAUGUUUCUCAAACGGAGUCAGUCUCAAUAGCUAAUGAUAUUGUCGACACUAAAUACAAAAUAAAGGAGAUAUGUACAUAUUUUAAGUACGUGGGACCAAUAAAUCUAAACAAAAUGGUUGAUUUGUGGCAGACGGCGUAUUAUCAAGCAUCUCAAAAAGUGCCUUGUUUUAAAAUGUUUAUCAGGAAACUCACUAUGAAGGAGAAGCAAUUUUACAAACAGAAAUAUGGCGAUUUUGAUGAUGCUGUAGAAUGGGAAGACUGUAAUUUAGAAAUUAAAUCAAGCUUGGAAAUUAAGAAGCAUUUUCUCCAGGGAUGCGAAAAGGGACAUGGCGUCUUAGAGAAUAUUAUCCCAACGGAAAAAAAUAAUAAAACUUCAAAUUACAUUCUUAAACCCGAAAGUCCUGAUCAGUGGCUCGUUGUGCAAAAUUUACUAUUAAUGAGGGACUGUGAUACAGGAGAUGUGAUAGUAUUCUCCAGAGUACCACAUAAGCCACGCAAGGAAAUAAUUAUAGCAGCUUUAAAAAUAUUUGGUGAAAACUCAUGGGAAGGAAAAUUUAUUUGUGGUGAUCAACCACCAAUAAAGAAAAAGACUAUUGAAGUAGAGGAGGUAACAGAAGAUACUUUGUAG